ACAGAUUUUGGGAAAGAGAUGUCAGACUGUGGUUGUGUUUUUUUUUUUUUUUCAAAAACAUAUCGUAGUAGAGGAUGACAUACUUAUAAAUGUUUUAGACUGGACUGGAUUUUCUACACUCCUGAAAGUGAAAGUAAAGUUUUCCAGCCAACUUCAAACGCACAACAAGUGUUAGUAGUAGUACAGUACUUGUAAUUUGAGAUGGUUUUCAAACAAGAAGAAAUCCUCUGUUUGUGGAAUCCUUUAUAAUGUGUAUGUGAAGAAGAGAAUGGCGGCAAAACUACAAAAGGAUCUUUCCUGUCCACGGUGUGGUGAAAUCUUCAAGGACCCAGUUCUUCUGUCGUGUAGUCACAGCGUCUGUAAAGCCUGUCUACAGCAGUUCUGGGAGGACAACGGAUCCAGACAAUGCCCCGUCUGCCGGCACAGAUCACCUGAGGACUGGCUUCCCUCAAAUCUGGCGCUGAUGAACCUGUGCGAGACUUUCCUGCGAGAGUGGCAACAAGUGCCCUGUAGUCUUCACAAGAGGAAACUGGAGCUCUACUGUCAGGAUGAUCAGCAGCUGGUGUGUCUGAUGUGUCGAGACUCACUAUUACACAAAGAUCACAGCUUCCGUCCAGUUGCUGAAGCAGCAGUUCAUGUAAAGGAGGAGCUCAUGAUCAAACUACAGGAGAAUCUGAAAGCUUUGGGGAAGGCUAAAGACACCUGUCAUGAAACAGCUGAGUAUAUUAAAACUCAGGCCCAGCACACAGAGAGACAGAUCAAGGAGGAGUUUGAGAAGCUUCACCAGUUUCUACGAGAUGAAGAGGCAGCCAGGAUAGCUGCACUGAGGGAGGAAGAGGAGCAGAAGAGUCAGAUGAUGAAGGAGAAGAUUGAGAAGAUGAGCAGAGAGAUCUCAUCUCUUUCAGAUACAAUCAGAGCCACGGAAGAGGAGAUGGGAGUUGAUGACAUCACUUACCUACAGAAUUACAAGAAAACAUUUGAAAGAGCCCAGUGCACACUGCAGGAUCCAGAGAGGGUUUCAGGAGCUCUGAUCAAUGUGGCAAAGCACCUGGGCAACCUGAAGUUCAGAGUCUGGGAGAAGAUGCAGAAGACUGUUCAAUACACUCCUGUGACUCUGGACCCCAACACUGCGGCCGACAUGCUCGUCCUGUCUGAGGAUCUGACCAGUGUGAGUGGUGCUGAGGAGGAGCAGCAGCGUCCUGAUAACCCAGAGAGGUUUGAUGAUUACGCCAACGUCCUGGGCUCUGAGGGCUUCAACUCAGGGACUCGCUGCUGGGAUGUGGAGGUUGGGGAGAACACCUGGUGGUUUGUAGGUGUGAUGACUGAGUCUCUCCAGAGGAAGGGAGACUUUAAUUCUAUGAGUGGACGCUGGUAUGUUUGUUUUGAUAAUGGAAAAUAUGGAGCAGAGUCUCCACCACAGCCCACCACUCUCCUCACAGUGCAGCAGAAACUCCAGAGGAUCAGAGUGCAGCUGGAUUGGGACAGAGGAAAGCUGUCAUUCUCUGACCCGGACAACAACACACACCUACACACUUUCAGACACCCUUUCACGGAGAGAGUGUUUCCAUACUUUGCUAUUGGUUGUAAACUCUCACCUCUGAGGGUCUUACCAGUGAAGGUUUCAGUUAGAGUCAAGCUGAUAUAACAUCUUGCCAUCAGUCUAUUGCUGUAAUAACUUGUCCAUGAUGUUGCAAUUACAUUACACAUUGUAAAUACUGAAGUCUGCAAAUAUUGCAAGUUGAAAGGUCAUAUCCUAGACAUAAAUAUAUUCUAAAUUAUAUUGUGAAUCACCCCUCUCAGGAACAUCUUAAAUGGAGGAGCAGAUUAAUGUAUGAGGUAUAAUUGAAUGUUAGCACAAUGCAGCUGGUUGAACUUGCUUGGGUUUCAUAAUGAAUUGUGUAAGAACUCUCAGGGCUCUACCUGGAUAUUAUAUGUGUUCAUCACAUCAAGUGCAGCACAGAACAGUACCCCCUACUGACAGAUAUUGAUCAAUGCCUAGUAAUGACGACAGAAUUGACAAGAGACACAAACCAUAGGCAGAGGGGCCAACACCUGAAGGGACUAGUACAUAUGAGUUAUAGCCAUACUUGUGAAUAGUUUUGCUAGGAGUGUGUUGAUCAUUUGGAAAUUGAGUGUAAAGAAGUGAGCUGUGUUUACUGUGUGCAAAAAGAGUGCUGUGUAGUGGAUUGUACCAGUUUUGCAAAGUGGGUGUUACAAAAUUGCGAACUGAGUGCAAAGCAGUUUUUUUUCUCUUUAAUACAUGUAAGCUACCCACAAUGCAUGUGAUUUCCUGCGGUGAGCCAUAAUGUAGGUUUUGACCUCCUUUGCCACCACAGUAGUACUCACUCUCUAUGUGAGUCAGUUUUCUCUGCUCUCACGACAGUGAAGACAAACUAUCGCCAAAGGUUGUCUUCAAUCGCACCAAACAUCACAGAAAUUUGUGGAAACAUGGCCCACCCGUCGCAUUGAUAUUGGUAAAAAAUACCAGGUAAGGUAAACACUUACACUUACCUGAAACAAAUACCAUUUGCUUACUAGGAGGUUCUCUCUCUCUCUCUCUCUCUCUCUCUCUCUCU